UGAUUUCGUUUUCAUUCGCUUGGCAUUUCUACAAUAAGCAUCUGGAAGAAUUUUCUACAAUGAAACUACGGGCCGUGAAGGACUAGUGCACACUUUGCCAAUGCCAAAGCAUGCCAAAGGAAAAUUCAUAUAAAAUAUUGAGAUUGUUACCAAGUUACUCGUUUGUUUGACAUUCAACAAAAUGUUCAUGGCUUUUAUAUAAAUUCAUUUGAAUUCUGAUAAAUUUACCUGAAAACGAGCAAAUUUGGCAGCAAGAUAGUGCAUCUUUGCUAUUGAAGUGCUGUCCAGAUUUUACCCCCAUAGACAUUUAUUUCUAUCCAAGGACCAUUGUAUAGUGUAGAUGCAUUUCAUUUACGUCAUCAAAAACUCCAUCAUUCUCCAAAUUCCAGUUGACUAACAUUUCGUUAUCUAAGCCAAAAAAUUAUCUCUAGCGGUUAAUUAUUGAGAAAACAAAUUUAUUGAUACAUAAACAAAUACAGAUGAUAAUAACUGAUGGACGACAAAUAGGUCAUUUUGUGAAGAGUAUAUACCUUCCCACGCCACUGUAUCUUCUUCUAGAUAAUGGAAAAAAAAUAAAACAACAACAAAAUCAAAAACUCGUCGGGAUUUGGUAGAGUAGCAUAAUCUGAAAAAUUAUCCGCAUUUGACUUGCCGUUAGUCUGUUGUUUUUGUGUGGUGAGUGGUCGGCUACCAAUACCAAAACUUAACCAUGACUGGCUUUAUUAAUUUAAAAUUUUGUGUUUUACUUUGGUUGUUUUUGGGUUUGUUUAUGAGUGUUCAUGGCGCUAAGAAAUACAGAAUCUGCAUAGUCGAUGGCAAAGAAGUAACGAAAAGAUCAACGAGAUAUUGUCCAAAACUGGACGGACCUGAUAGCCAAGUCGAAUGUGUGGUUGCUUCGGACAGAUUAGAUUGUUUGAGAAGAAUCCAAAAAGGUAAAGCCGAUUUUGGAAUUUUCACACCCGAAGACAUGGUAGCAGCCACAAAUUCAGAAAUAGAAAUUUUAAUUACCAACGAACUUCGUUUCGAUCGAGAAGACAAAUAUGAAUACCAAGUGGUCGCAGUAAUAUUAAAUGAUGCUCAUAUACGCAGCAAACACGAUCUUAGAGGAAAACGUUUUUGCCAUCCCGGUUACGGCUAUGAAGCUGAUUGGACUAGGAUUUUAUCAAAUUAUUUUGAAGCCUCCGUUGUCACUCCGCAAUGUUCCACUAAUCUAACCAUCACUGAAAACCGAGUGAAAGCUUCUUCGGAUUUUUUUGGAGCCGCUUGUAAGGCUGGUCCAUGGGUUAACAACCCUAUUCUGGAUAUGCAAUUAAAACGCAAAUACCCAAAUUUGUGCGAGUUAUGCGGUGACUCAAACAAAUGUUCAAUGCAAGACAAAUAUUGGGGCAGAAGAGGCUCACUACUAUGCCUCACUGACGGGGCUGGGGACAUAAGCUGGGCAAGAUUGGAAGAUGUCAGGCAGCAUUUUGGGUUUACACUAGGGGGCCAAGAAGCUACGCCUGAGGAUUACAGCUUACUGUGUCCAGAUAAUACCAUAAUGCCGCUGAAUUCCAGUAACCCUUGUAUAUGGGUGGUUAAACCUUGGUCGGUGGUUGCAACAAAACGCUCAAAAGCUCAAGAUAUUCAAGCAAUAAUCGACCAGUUGGAUCAUAGAGACCCAAAUUCAUGGAAAUCGCACCUGCUAAGCCUCAUUGAACCCGCAUAUCUCAGCGUCGAAUCAAUAAAACCUGUAUUGUCUAUUGAAACAUAUUUCCAUCAAGCUAAAGGUUUUCUGAAUGCCAACAGUUUCUCGGCAUGUCAUCCACCUAGAACCAUCCGGUUUUGCACCACGUCCAACAUUGAAACAGCAAAAUGUUCCUGGCUCAGAGAAUCGGCUGCAGUUUAUGGCAUAGAACCCGAUUUGGAUUGUUUGAAAGCUGACAAUACAACUCAUUGUAUGAUGGCGCUGAACGAUAAUGUUGCCGACGUGGUUAUGGUAUCUCCUGAUUUGCUCCAUUCAGCUAAAAGGGAUUAUAAUCUUACAACGCUUUUCUAUGAAACUGUAGCAGACGCUAAAAAGUACUUGACUGUGGCAGUGACUAGGAAAGAUUCAAAAUUGAAUAGCAUUGAUAAUCUUAGAGGUGCUAAAGCUUGUUUUCCUUCUUAUGAUGGUGUAGCUUGGAAUUCUAUAGCAUAUACUCUACAAAAAAUGCAUAUUAUUGGUUGUUCUGUUAACAUCGAAAUGGCAAACUUCUUUGGCCCUUCCUGCGUUCCCAAUAUACCAAAAAACGAAUCAGACAAUCUAUGGAAACAAUGCCAGAGUGAUUUUGAUGGAGACCAAGGAGCACUUCAUUGUUUGUCUAGUGGAGUUGGUGAUGUUGCUUUUGUUUCCAUGAAUUCCAUAAGUCAGUUUAUAAAUGUUGAAAAUUUGGAUUAUCCUGGUCCUCGCGAGGAGAAUUUCAAGAUUAUCUGCCAAGACAAGAAUUUGCCCUGUCAUCUGAGUUGGGCUCCAUUAGGUCAAGCCAUGAUCAGGUCUUCUAGCUCAAACAUGUGGAUCAAGGAUACUUUGGAUGUGUUUUUACAAUUGGAUGGAUUAUUUGGGAAGAGCUAUAAAGAUCUUACUAAUGCUUUUACCAUGUUCGGAAGAUACGAUAGUGUAUCAGAUGUACUUUUCCACGAUGGUACAGAAAAGCUUAGGGACGUACCCACUGUUAAAAACACAGACAUUAUGGAUUUGCCUUAUAACAGUAUUUUAGAAAGAACAAGAUUUUGUUAUUCAGAAAAUGGUAGCCGUAAAAUUACGUUUGAUAUUUUAUUAGUUUUAGUGCCCAUUUUUAGCUUGUUUUAUUAAUUAUUUUAUUAUUACUCGAUAUUACUUGAGUUUUUGUUAAUUUAUUAUUUAAGUUGUUUAGUCAAAGCUCAGGUUAAACUUCUUGCAUUAUUCUGUGAUAAAUAACGACUUAUUUUAAAAUGAAUAAAAAAUUAUUUGCUUUA